AUGAAAACGUUAAUUUUAUAUUUAAAAAUUACUUCAUUCCUUCUUUUAAUUUGGAUGUAUCAAUGUUUUUACAACUGCGAUUCCUAUAAAACUUUGAUUGAUAAAAAUAGAUUGCAAAUAAAAAAUGAGUUAAAAUAUGAAAGAGUAUUAGCGGAGGGUGAUAUAGCAGGAAAAAAGCAAACUAACGCUGAAGGAUGCCAAGAAGAAUGUCCCGCAGAAAAUAAAGAAAAAGAAGAAAAAAAAAAAAUAUCGAAAAAUCCACGAAAAUUGAGUAAUCCAUACGAUCUAUGGCAGAAAUUCACUAGUCCAUUAUUGUUGGAGCGAUUUAAAAAUGAAAUAAGUGGAAAGGAUCCUAAAUGGAUAGAAGAAAAAUGGAAGAAUGAAUGGAAUAAAAUUUCAGAGAACAAAGUUAAUGAACUAUCUUCAAUAUAUAAGCGAAGUGAUAUUUCAAAUGAAGAAAAAGAAAAAUUAAUUCUUGAUACUAAAACAGAACUCUUCAAACUAUUUAUGGAAUUCGUAGACAAAUGUAAGAAAGAGAUGAGAGACAAUAGAACACAAUCCAAAUCUAAGAAAUAG